AUGUCUGCAAAGAACCUGUUUUUAAACUCUGGUUUUGUACGAGCACCCUUACAGAAUGGAGUGGGACGAUACGUGUGUCAGUUGCAAAGAAUUGUGUUAAAAUUCUGCAAAAGUCACGGAGGCAGUCGCGGAAUGCGAGAUUUCAUAGAACAAGACUUAGUUGAUUUUGCAAAGCAUCACCCAGGGGUGGUGGUAUAUUUGAAGCCUCGAAGACAUCGUUCUCCUGUCAUCGUUGGGGAAUAUUUAAACGGCGAUCGCGUUUGGAUGAAUGUACAUAACAAAACGCAUGAAGAAAUAACAAAAUGGAUAGAAGUUCUGCAUACACAGCAAGGAGAUAUAGCCUCAGUGCGUCUCCGUAAAUAUCAGUACACCGAUCAUCCUUCAAUCCAGGGUCCCUGGACACCAUUCACAUUUAAGGACCCAGAAUUGAACACUGCAGAGCUCCCAUCUUCUAAAUUUGGUGCAAAUAAUAGAUUGCCUAUGUCUGCAACGGAACAAUUGCGGUUGAUGUUUGAAAAGCAAAAGAUAUCAACUAAGACGGAGGAUUUAAAGAUUGCUGAAUAG